UAAUGGGAUGAUGGCGGCUAGUAGUGGCAAGCACAAAUUGCUGAGUACUGGCCCUACUGAACCAUGGUCGAUCCGCGAGAAGCUAUGUUUAGCGUCUUCAGUGAUGCGGAGCGGAGACCAAAACUGGGUAUCGGUUAGCAGAGCAAUCAAACCCUUUGCAGAACCUGGACGUGCACCAGACUGGUUUUCACAAAAGCAUUGCGCAUCCCAGUAUUCAGAACUGUUGGAGACAACAGAGACUCCCAAACGAAAGCGUGGUGAAAAAGGAGAAGUUGUGGAAACUGUGGAGGAUGUAAUUGUUCGUAAGCUCACAGCUGAGCGAAUUGAUGAGUUGAAGAAACUUAUUAAGGAGACUCAGGAGAAAUACAGAAAGGUGAAGAGAGAAGCAGAGCUGAUCCAAUCUGGUCAUGGAGACAGUAAACUUCAGGAAACGUGGAAUGAUAUUGUUGCAAGGAAGAAACAGGAAGAAGAGGAGGCUGAGAUGAAGAGGCGUGCAACAGAAAGUGCUUUUCAGGCCCGCCAAGCAGCAAAAAAUGCGCCUAAACGACUGAUGAGCUUGCCUAUCCGGUCCCCACUAGAAUCAAGUUCUCCUGGAAUAGACUACUCGGCUACAGAUACGACACAGCUGGUGUCGAUAAACAUCGGAAGCACUCCGAAUAUUCCAGUGAUCUCAGCCCCUGAGACUCCCGUCACCUCCACAAAUCUUGAAACUCCCCUGACUCCAGUGCUGGAGGAUUCUCCCCAGAAAAGGUUAUUGGGACAGAAAGCCACGCCUCCACCCUCUCCACUGUUGUCCGAGCUCCUGAAAAAAGGGAGUCUCCUGCCUACAAGUCCUAGGCUUGUCAGUGAAGCUGAGCUGCAGGUGAAUUCUGGUCAUGUUGCUAGUCCGAAUGUGCAUGUUGAAAUGGGAGCAGGUGUGUCAACGCUGCAUGUUCCAGAGCUACAGUCCAAUGUACCAGUGUCCCCGGCACCUGCAGGAGCCCCUACUCUGUCCAGGCUUUUGGAGGCCGGCCUCUCGCACUUCACGCCACCUUUCGUUCCCUUCUCUACUAUCAGCAGUGAGGCACCACCUCCAGUUAAACCUUUGCAAAAUCUAGCUGACCAGGUGUGUUCAGCCGGCACCACAGCAAUGACGCAGGAGAGCAGCGGGACAGUUGAAGAAACCACCAUUUGUGUUCAGGUGGAGAGCUGUGAGGAACAGCCAUCUCUAUCAGUAUCUGGAGAUCUGGCUGGCUUCUCUGUGUUAAUUGACUCUGGAGAAAGCAAGUGUCUACCAGGUGGCAGUUUGCAGAUUACGAGAACAAGAGAGGGCAUUGCAGAUCAGCAUCAACCAAAGCUUGAAGACACCGAAGAUACUGGGGUAUCUGAUUAUACAGAUAUGCUGAGCUUGGGCAACCAGGCAGACAUCCUAGCAAUCAUUGAAGAGAAGGUGGAGGAAGCAGCAGAACUGAUAAAUCUUCCCCCUGAUGAUAUUGGAGAGCAGCUAGCUGCCACUGAAGGAGAUGCUGCCUCCCUGUUUCGGGCAGAGCAGGUAAUAAAGGAGGAAGCUGAAGAGGUCCAGCAGCAGACUCAUAAAUCCGAACACCGACCUAGUGAUGAAUCUCAAGUGUUGGCUGGUUUGGGAACUGAGGAAAAACUGACUUUCAAAGCAAUUAAGCAAGAGUUGCCAGAAAAAGUGAAGGCAGAGCAAGAACAGGAAGAAGAGUCAAAUUCAGGUCAUGCACAACAGAUACUGGGUGUUAGAAACGCAACAAAUUCCCCAGACAGUGGACUGAAAACAGAGACACUUGGGUUGGAGCAUUCUUUACCUCGGAGCAUCAUGCGAAGUAAAAGCACGUCUGAAGAACCAUCACAUCCGUCGCCCUGGAGCACCGCACGCAGCAAAAGUACCUCUGAGGAAAUCGGACAACUUUCUCCCAGGAUCACUAUUCAGAACAAAAGUGGCUCUGAUGAUGUGGGACAGUCUGAAAUUCUAGAUUCCUCAAAGGAAGAGAGUGGAGUAGUUAUAAAGAGCCAUAUCAAGCUGCAAGAGAUGCUUGUUCCAAAAGAGGAGGAUGGAGCCAGUGAAGCUGCUAGUGUGGAUGAGGCCAGGGAAGAGGAACCGAAUGAGGUCUAUAUGUCAGAAACUGACAAUGAGCCACCUGUCAGUGAAAGUGAUGAUGGCUUCAGUAUUCAUAAUGCACAUUUGCAGUCUUCAGUCCUUGCUGAUUCAAUACCCAGCAGCCCUGCUUCCUCACAAUUUUCAGUCUGUAGUGAAGAUCAAGAAGCCAUUCAAGCUCAGAAAAUCUGGAAAAAGGCUAUUAUGCUGGUAUGGAGAGCAGCUGCCAAUCACAGAUAUGCUAAUGUAUUCCUUCAACCAGUGACAGAUGAUAUUGCCCCAGGAUAUCAUAGCAUUGUACACAGACCAAUGGAUUUAUCUACAAUAAAGAAAAAUAUUGAGACUGGUUUAAUCCGCACAACAGCAGAGUUUCAGCGAGACAUAAUGCUUAUGUUCCAGAAUGCAGUAAUGUAUAAUAGCUCUGACCAUGAUGUGUAUCACAUGGCAUUAGAAAUGCAGAGAGAUGUUUUGGAGCAAAUUCAGCAAUUCCUCGCCACACAGUUAAUAAUGCAAACAUCCGAGUCCGGAAUCAGCGCUAAGAGCCUGCGUGGGCGUGACUCAACUCGAAAACAGGAUUCUGCAGAGAAGGACAGUGUCCCCAUGGGUUCUCCUGCCUUCCUUCUAUCUCUCUUUCUCAAAUGCUGUCGCAAGACUUCCCUACUUUACACUACAUCCCCUUUGAAUGGAGUCCAACACUUCAGUAAUGAGCAAGUUAGACAAAGGACAUCCAGCAGACAUGAUCUUCUGGAUUUCCAGAAGGCCUUUGACAAGGUGCUGCACCAGAGGCUGCUAAAUGAAAUAAGAGUCCGUGGUGUUCGAGGCAAGGAGGACAGUAGUGAAGAAGAAUUUUGUGAUGUCGAUCUUUCAGAAUUUGGUAUAGAGCUGUCUGUCUCUGAGAGUGAUGUUAGCUUCAGUUCCCAGCAGUUUUUAAUUUUGGAUGAGUCAGCAGCUAGCAGUCACACAUCCUCCCAGCUAUCCACAAGUACAGACCAGGAUCAGAUUUCAGCUCAAAGGAAUUGGAAAAGGACAGUGCUGCUCAUGUGGAAGGAGAUAGCCAGCCACAGAUUUGCUAGCCUGUUUUUGAACCCAGUAACUGAGGAACGUGUUCCUGGAUAUCACAGCCGAGUGCACAGACCAAUGGAUUUGUCCAAUAUAAAGAGAAACAUCAGAAAAGGACUGAUUCGCACAACUGCUGAAUUUCAGCGGGAUAUUAUGCUAAUGUUCCAGAAUGCAGUGAUGUACAACAGCUCUGAUCAUGAUGUUUAUCACAAAACUGUGGAAAUGCAGCGAGAUGUCUUGGAACAGAUCCAGGAUAUACUAGAAGCAGUGGAGUUGGGUGACUUUAACAAGAGCCUCAAUGGAUAAAAGCUUGCAUCCAACAGGAAAAUAAGUAUUUUCCCUUUGGAGAAGAUGGAAAAUGAAAAGUUUUGUCUUUGGUUUCUCAAUGCAGUAUUAAUGCAGUGUUUAUAAGUUCAGUAUAAUGGUUGUAACUGUGGUAAUAUGUCAUAUGGGAGAAGGAACCAUAAUUUAUUGUAUACAAGUUGCUAAGCGCUGCAGGAAUGCAGACUGCUAUUCAUUUUCAGAGGCACGUUCCUCGCCACAAGGAGGAAAAAAUGUGCUUUUGACUUUUUUCAAUAAAUGUUUGUUGUAGUUCCAGUGUUCAGUUCAAUUUCCUAAAGUUUAUUGACUGGCUGCCUCUCAGU